AUGGCCGACCUAUCGACCCUUCCGAAAGACUGGAUCGUUAUCUCGGGGCAGUUUACACGAAAAGCACAUACCAAUGUCUAUCCAGCCAUCGACCCAACCAGAGCGGAAAACUCUCUCACGGGGAGAACGGUGGUGGUGACAGGCGCGAGUCGUGGUAUCGGUGCGCGGGGUAUCGCGCCAGCCUUCGUGCGGGCCGGAGUCAAGGCGAUAGUGCUCAUCGCCACGAAAUCUGAGAGCGUGAAGGGUGUUGAGCAGGAGUUGAAGAAUAUUAACCCAGACGUCGAGGUCCUCGGGUUGGGCGUCAACAUCUCAUCUGCCGAGCAAGUUGCUGGUGCUUGGAGUCGGAUCAACUCCAGGUACCCGAAGGUCGACAUCCUGGUCAACAACGCUGGCAUUGAGACUACUGAGAGCGAAAAGACGCACGAGCAGGAUCCAGACAUCUUCUUCAGAAACUUUGUGAACGUCAAAGGCACCCACAUGAUGACCCAGCAAUUCCUCAAAGCUUCGAUGCCAUGGGCGACGACCAGUGAUCCAGCCAGGCUCAUCAACAUGACCAGUUCGAGCGGCUGGGGCAUCUGGCCCUUCCUCGCCGCAUAUUCCAUGAGCAAAGCGGCCAUUAUCCACUACACCACCACGGUCGCCGCGUCGUACGCCGGAACGGUGCUGGCAAUUGCGGUCAACCCGGGGCUCACCGACACAGAGAUCGUUCCACCGGUUCUUCGGGCGGCCGGCUUCAACUACAACGACCCGGCGCUUACAGGCAGCACCAUGGUGUGGCUCGUGGCGGACCCGGCACGAACCCGGUUCUUGAAUGGCCGGGUGUUGACUGCCGAGUGGGAUGUCGAGGAGCUCGUUGGCAGGAAGGAAGAGAUCACGAGUCGGAAUCUGCUGACGAUGCAACUGAAUGCGAAGCUCAGGGUUGAACAGUUUGUGGACUGA